AUGUCCUCAUCUAGCAAAAGAGACCAGGUAAACAACGAGAGGAUCUCAAAAUCAAGAGCAUUCAAUGCAUCUAUCCUCACAUUCCUCACAGUUGCAAUUUUCCUAGAGUUGGGCUAUCACCUAUUAUGGAGUGCCAAAGUAUUUAUAAACCAACCAUAUGGAAACUUUUUCAAUAACUUGGUGUACGGUCCGGGAUCAUUUUUGGCCAACGUUGGGUUGAGCACUAAGUUGAUAAAGUAUCUCAAUAAAGUAUUGGUUGAAGAUAAGAUGGAUGCAGAUUAUAAAAAGUACAUAUGA